UCAGCUGCUGCUCUGGUGGUUUUUUCCUGCGCUGCUGCACUGCAAGCAAGAGUAAAUCGGACCGAGCAAAGGAAGCAUUUUUCUGCUCGUGCUCCGUGCAAAACUGAGGCCAAUUCCGAACCGUUUCGAAGUGAGUGAAUUUUUUCCAAUUAACAAGUGACGAAAAUCUUUUGCCCUUCCGCUGGAGUGAAAAGUUUCGAUCCCGUUCAGGUUCUGAACCGGAUAUAGUGUGUGGCUUUUAGAGUGUGUUUGAUCGGAACAACAGAAUGGAGGAAGUACCCAAUCGUGGGAAUAUUAUUUUUGUGAAAUCAGUCUGAAUGGUGCUGAUUCAGUAAGGGUGUUUCGAUUCGGAAUUGACGGCGAUGACCGUCAUGGUGAGGCCUACGGAGUGUUAUCAUUCGCUAAUGCAGGAAACAGUUCUGAGUUUAAGAAUGUGAAUGACAAGUGAUUGAUUUUUGUGGUGAAAAGGAUAGACGGAAGUGGCCUAGUAGCUUCAUCUGUGUGUCACCAAUUUGUGCAAGCCCGGAAAGGAAGUGCUGGCACAAUUGCGGCUCUCGUUUGGUGUGACGUUUUCGGAUUGUUUUUGUCAUCGUAAAGUACAGCUAACUUUAUUUCGCUUUAUUUUGGAAAGUCUGAACCAUCUGCUUUCGUGCGUGACCAGGGAUGUCCAAAAGAUCACUCAAAAAGCCCAUCAUGGUGGUGCGGAGUAAGAAACCAGCUAUCAUCAAGGAUGGCGUAAUUACGAGUUCCGGAAUCGGAGAGCCCAGUGUGUACCAUGCCUUAGUUGUGAUAUUUUUGGAGUUUUUCGCAUGGGGUCUGCUGACGAUGCCCGUGAUAAAUGUACUGAACCAGACUUUCCCCGACCACACAUUCCUGAUGAACGGCCUGGUGAUGGGCAUCAAGGGCAUUCUCUCAUUUCUCAGUGCCCCGCUCAUCGGUGCACUGUCCGAUGUGUGGGGCCGAAAGUUUUUCCUGCUGAUAACAGUGUUCUUCACCUGCGCACCGAUACCGUUGAUGUCAAUUAACUCUUGGUGGUUCUUUGCGAUGAUCUCAAUCAGCGGAGUGUUCGCUGUUACCUUUUCGGUGGUGUUUGCCUACGUUGCCGAUGUUACGACCCUGGAGGAUCGUUCGCGUGCGUACGGCUUAGUGUCGGCUACCUUUGCUGCUAGUUUGGUCAUUUCCCCUGCCCUUGGCGCCUACCUGAAUGACAAAUAUUCAGAGCCUCUAAUCGUAGCUUUAGCGACCGCGAUCGCGGUCCUAGAUGUAUUUUUUAUACUGGUGGCAGUGCCGGAAAGCUUACCGGAGAAGGUGCGGCCCAGCUCGUGGGGUGCACCGAUCAGCUGGGAACAGGCGGACCCAUUUGCGGCGCUGCGGAAAGUUGGCCUCGACCACACUAUCCUAAUGCAGUGCGUGACAGUAUUACUAUCCUACUUGCCGGAAGCUGGUCAGUAUUCGUGCAUCUUCGUCUACCUGAAGCUGAAGAUGCACUUCAGCUCGAUAGAUGUUUCCAUCUUUAUCGCUGUGGUCGGUAUACUGAGCAUACUGGCACAGGUCAUUCUAGGUGAUCUAAUGAAGGCACUUGGUGCUAAACGUACUAUAAUAAUAGGAUUAUUGUUUGAAAUGUUGCAACUGUUGUGGUACGGAUUUGGCAGCCAGACAUGGAUGAUGUGGGCUGCUGGCAUCCUAGCGUCACUUGCGUCAAUUACUUAUCCAGCUAUUAGCGCUUUUGUGUCGAUACACUCUAACCCUGACCAGCAAGGUGUGGUUCAGGGUAUGGUGACGGGCAUGCGAGGUCUGUGCAAUGGCCUCGGGCCGGCGAUGUUCGGUGUCAUCUUCUACGUGUUCCACGUGGAUUUGAAUGACGAUCACGCCGGGAUCGGCAGUCUGAGCGGCCAUACCGGUGGCGGCGUGGGUACCAGCGGCAUCGGCAGCUUGAUAGACGGUGGCAAAUUCGUGCGGAACGAGACCCUGCACGGUGCCGCCAUCGGCGGCAGUCAUCAUAUCAUCGAGGACGAGUACUCCCAGCUGAUGCCCGGUCCACCGUUCGUGUUCGGGGCGCUGAUGGUGAUUUGCGCGAUUGCCGUCGCGGCCUUCAUCCCGGAAGCGCCCAGCGACAGCAUCCGGCGGCCUUCGGGUGAGAAAAAAAAGUCAGACUAUAGAAGCCAUGAUAAGUUUAACGUGCUAAUUGGCGACUGAUCGUGCUUGGCUGACUAUCCGUUGAUGUGGAUUACGAGUACGAGCGGGGUCACAAAGUAGCGGGACCGCUGUCACCACUCAUGCACCAGGACUCCGCUCAGCUAUAGUUCAUCCUGCUGUAUCAUCAGUUGAAUAGCAUCCCCCCAUCCCCGCACCCCGUCAUCGAUUGAUCACAUACACACACACACUCCAACUGUGAAACACACUUUCCUUACACGUAGAGAUUGUGCAAGUGACAACAGAAAAAAACUGAAAGAAAAAAAAACUCUAAACUACACAGUAGGAAACACACAAAGUAUACAAAACCUUCUAUUUUUUAAUCCAAUAGAUUACGCUAUAAAGUUUUUACGUGAGAUUCACGCAACCCCGUAACUUUUUCCAAAGGAAACCCAUUCCUCACACUUCCUCUCGAGGCAAACGAGUUCGAGUUAAAUAGGCACGCCGCUUCGAAACUGUUCACCUUGAAGCGGCAGCCACAGCAGCAGUAGCAAAAACAAAUGAAAAAAAAAACUAACCGAACGACAGAAGUUUAGCUUUAAAUUUAGAGUUGGGAUUCUAUUAUUGAAGGGAUUAGCAUUUUCGUGAGUGUUCGCGUUUAGGCAACGAUUAAUAUUUAUUACCCAAAUUGGCAACGAUAGAAGAUCUAUUUUCUGGGUUUUUUGCUUUUUGUUAGAAGGACCAACAAAUGCCAUUAAUCUAGUCAACGACGAGAUUUUCCUGUUGAUGGGGCGGCGGCGGGCUAUCGGUUUUUGGUAUUUGGUGAAAAUUUUAGGCUGCAUUAGACGCUAAUAAAAAAAACAUGAUGGGUUACGCAAAAAACGCUAAUGAACAAUGCGUUACUAUAACUACUUUAAUCGAAGAGUGAUAGUAGAAAUGUAAGGAUUUUAGGAUGUGCACUGAAGACCAAAAGAAGUACGAAAAUAGUUGUUCAAGAACAAACCAACAUAAGACCGGGAAACUUGUACAAUCAAUUACUCUUUUGUAGAUUCGAAUGAUGAUGGUUGUUUUGUUGUUUGUCAUUACUGCCAGGCUUAUGUUUUCUUUAUUUUUUCAAAGGGAACUUUUAUAGAACGUUUUGUUUCUUUAAUUUCUCCUCAUCGAGAAUAUCACAUGGAAGGCGAGAGUAAUGUGAUGUGAAUUCUGCUGGGUACGAUUACGUGACUGGAUGAUUCCGAGUGUGGUAUGAGUGAUACGACAGGUGAAAAGAUAGUCCAAAGAUUUAAAAUAGUUACGUAGAUCAUUCUAAUAAAAAAACUAUUAAUUUAUAACCACAACUGAGUAAUGAUCCCCUGUUUGAACAUCGAGGAUCGAUUUUGAAACCGGUUCGAUUUUUCCUGAACAAUAGUUUAAAUUGUUACAUCACGUCAAGACAGCUUACCGUAGAAAGUAAACUCCUGAAAAAGAAAAUAAAAACUACAAAACUGUUGAACUAUAAGUAAAAUAAAUGCAAAUUUAUAAACAUCAGAGCAGGAUAAGUCAACUAUUUUACAAACCGGAAUUUUUUUUAUCGUUUAGAGCAAAAGCUUAUGCUGGCGGCGACAGAGUGGAAAAUUGUUAGAACAGAUUUUAGAAGGUGUUACACUGUUGGUGAAAUUACAAAAAAAAAAAAACAAAAACAAAAGGUUUGAGCGAGAUUGUGUAGUAUCCAGAAAGUCGAAACGACUCCACAAGCUCUGUAAAUUCUGGACUUAAUAUCAACCACGCUGCAAAUACCGUUGAUAGAAUUCAUAGCUGGCUAGUGCUUUGAUUCGAAUGUUUCUGGGAAACUAACACAAACAAACAGGUGAAACAUAAAAAUAGAGAUGUAUUGAAGAUAAUAAUUACCUAUUAAAAGAAAACCUAGAGACAAAAAAAAGUACACUGUAAAAAUGUGAGAAUAAAACAAUGAAAUCCCAGUAUAAGUUAUCGGUAAGUUAGCAGUUACAACUAAUUACAACGCGUUAUGCGUACACUUUGGUGGCUGAUAAAAUUCAGCUGAAGCGAUUUGUUUGGAGUUUAUGUAAAAAGAAAAAGAAACCGAAAGAGUACGACUAAAGCAGUAUAAAAAGUAAGGAAGCUACGCUGAAGUGUAAAGCAAAAAUGAAAAUAAAAGAAAU